UGUUCUUAGAUACUUCUCUAAGUUUCAAUUCCACUCUCUCAUUUCCUCAUCUUUAACAACCUCACAAACACCAUGGGUUUCCGCUUGCCAAUAAUUGUUAACGCUAAGCCGAGUCUGAAACGGACUCUUUCAUCUUCGGAGACGACGGUGGUGCCCAAAGGCCACUUUGCUGUUUAUGUUGGAGAAGCUGAAAAGAAGAGUUUCGUUGUCCCGAUUUCAUUACUGAAGCAUCCUUCAUUCCAGAAUUUGUUGAGACAAGCCGAAGAAGAGUUUGGUUUCAGUCACCCUAUGGGUGCUUUGACAAUCCCUAGUAGUGAAGAAGCUUUCAUUGAUCUCACUUGCAGCCUGCAAAGCUCGUGACAAGAAAUGAUGUGAAAAUAGGCUAACCAAACAGAGAUUAACUGAGAUUUAGCUCAACUGACACCUCCCAGAUUUUAUUUUUUUGGAAGCAAGUGUGUAAGGUGGACUGUUUUCUGCAAUCCCAUGCCCUUGUCAACUAAAUUAAGUAUUGUAACCAAUAUAUAAAUGCCAAAUUUCUUUCAGAAAAACCCUUUCUUUUCAUGAA